AUGCGUCCCAGAGUUGACUCAAGUUGGCUUGACUUAGGGGUCGGUGACAACAGGACUUUUGUUGUCAGGGAUCAUGGUCAAUUAGGGCACGUGGUCUCCGAGCUACUUAAUCCUGGUCACCAGUAUCCGAUGCUAUCCAUUUUCAUUGGCCGAAGGGAAAAAGAUAUCACACUUCAAGUUCUCUUCCCACACAAUAAUAUUCGGAGAAGCAGGUCGACCGCGAGCAUCGGUCUGCGAGCGGAUAUACUGACAGCCGAGACUGAAGCGCCUGUUCUAUUCGCUGACGGAGAUCUUGUGGCGCCUGUAUCUGGUGCUCACUAUCUUGGAAAUCCGCCAGGAACAAUAGACCAUUCGGUUGCGUGGGGAUCACUCUCCGCACAGAAAGCCCUACGGAUGGUCUAUUCCCGUCUGUUGUUCACGUUCGCUGAUCUAGUCUGUAUUUUUGGCGAUGAUUAUCCGGAUUUGAUCGACGUAGCGCAGUUCCUGGUUGACUGCGUCCAAGCGCCACCAGUGUCCGCUCUACCAAUAACCGUCCGGCCUCGAGUCGUAGUGUUGGUUCAGGGGCACCCCGGCGGCUCUCAGACCAACAGCGCCGAAAUUAACUUUUUUAAAAAGUUAGGCGAGGCCGACGUCACCCAGAUGUCGCAAUGGUUCUCCGCUGUCAACCUGAUCCACUUGGAUGACCAAGCAACGGGAUCGACAAAGUACGGGCGUCUAAAGUCAUGGAUCAGGAAAUACCGACACGAGAUCCAGGCUACUCGCCAGGAAUGUUGGGCUAGGUACAACGCACUGCAUCUGGAGGCCUUUUUCACAUCAGCAGUGAGCUCUCUAGCGUCAUGCACAGAAGCUUCCUUUGACUUCGUGCUGGCGACUCGCCAAGGACUUCCUGUAGCUCCCGGGUUAGACCAUCAUAUCUCCCAGUAUCUGGAAGUCGGGAGCCAGGCUAGAUGCAAAUCAGACACGCUGCUCUCAACUAUCGCGUCAGCAUUGCUUAUGGAUCAUUAUAUUCCUGGCAUGCCGUUUCUGGAGCCGCGGGCCGUUUUUCACACCCUGUACAGACAAGCCGUCAAUCAGGCUUUCUGUGGCUUCCGUGGCUUCCGAGACAAAGAACUUGUGGGCGACCCCAUUUCACAAUUGGAGUCAAGAUUUGUAAGCCAACUCCAACUCCUCGUGUCGAGGGGUCAGUCAUCCCUGGAUUUCAGGCGCGAACAACUCAUGGCUCUCAGUCAUGAACUGGGCGCGAUUCAAUCAGACAGGGUCUGCCUCUACUGUCUUGUUCGCCCAGCGCAGCAUUCCUUAGCCUGCCAUCAUGCGGUGUGCGACGUCUGUCCGCAGUUGUUUGGCACUCCUGCUUCUCAUGGGGAGUAUCAAUUCACGAUGCCGUUCUGCCUUCUUUGCCUCUCACGCGCAACUUUGGAUGUUAACAUUCUACCUCCGACAAUGAACCCCACCAUUCUGGCGAUCGACGGUGGGGGGGUCCGCGGAGGGAUUCCGUUGGAGUUUCUUUUACUUAUCCAAGAGUAUCUAGGACCGGACUGUAAGAUCCAGGAUGUAGUUGAUCUAUCUGUGGGGUCAAGCUCGGAUGUUUUUGACCGUCUCGCGCGCCGUGUGUUCAGCGAGCGCCGGCAACCAGCCAUCUCCUGGGUGUUCCGCUUGAUCCUUGGACGAGAUUCCAUCUUGGGAAAUAUGGCUAAGUGGCUGUCAUGGCUUCUCCAUGAUAGCUGCUACAACGCCAGUAUCUUUGACAUUUGUCUUCAGGAAGCAUUCGGAGAAAAACGUCGUAUUUUUGAUGCCGUCAGCCAUGACUCGUCCCCCCGGUUAAUUUCUCGAUCAAAAUUCGGGGUUGUUGCCGUGACUAUCGCGAAGGAAACCAAGUCCUUUGUUUUUGGUAACUUCAACGCUGUUGACUGGUUUUCCAAAGAACGCGGUUACGAGUUAUUCAGAGCUAAAUGCGCGAGCAGCGAGCCGUCCCUCUGGGAAGUAGCCAGAGCCACUGCUGCAGCUCCCUUUUAUUUCUCCACCGCAUACCUUCGCAAUAUAGGCACCUUCCAAGAUGGAGGCCUCCAAGACAACUUCGCUGCGGGUAUUGCUCGGCGGAUUAGCCGCCGAAUCUGGCCUUCUCGCUCUGGGAUCGCGCGAUUGAUCUCCAUGGGCACGGGAAGAGUCAAGAGUUCCCCUGACCGCUCUCCUCAUUACCGUCAUGUCUUCUAUGACAGUUUCUUACGGCGCGGUUUCGAUGCAUGGAUGUCUAACUUAGACACCCAUUCAAAAUGGCUUCAUAUGAUGGAUGAGGUGGACGACCGCAUCAAGGAAGAUUAUUUGCGAUUUGACGUCUCUCUAAAGGAUAUACCAUCCGCUAUCGACAACGCCGAGGCAAUGGACGAUUACCGAAACUUGGUCAUCCUCCAACCUGGAAGCUCGAGGAUGGCCCGACAGGCGGCUACGGCCCUGCUUAUCUCUCGGUUCUUCUUUGUUGUGGACAAGCUGCCUCGCGACGCACCCAGUAGGCCUCAAAUCCAAUACUACGCCUCAAUUCGCUGCAAGGGCCCAACGAUGCCGGUUAUUGAGGCCCUCCUACGUCUUCACUCGCAGGAGAUGGAGUUCGUCACUGAUACGACGACCCUUGGUAAGUUUCAGGGCCGCGAGGAUAUUUGCUCGUCUUGCAAGAGAUACCGUAAGCCAUUGUCAGUUGUCGUCGGGCAUCCUGAUGAAGUAAUCAAUAUUUAUCUACGCGUCGACCGGCACGAGCGGUGGCGGAUCAGUGGAUUCCUAAGCAGUAUGUCGUCGUUUAUCGAACAGCAGCAACUACAGAGUCCUUUCGGACGAUCAGACCACGGUAAACCAAGCGCCGUGCCUUGUUCCAAAUGCGCUAGUGGGGACGAUGAAUCUUGUAACAAUCGGAAAAAACGGACCAAGGCGUCUAUGGCGGAGGAGCCGGCAAGGAAACGAGUCUGUAUUGCACGAGAUGAACAUUAG